CUAAUUUUGAAAUCUAUCUAGAACAAGAUAAUGACUUAUCAUUUUUGGUCUGACAAAGUGGGAAUUUUUUAAUUUUUAUUUUAUCAUAUUUGACCAAAAAAUCUCAGAUAAAAGUUGUACAAGUACUCUAUAGUGCAUAGCUAUGACCCAUCAUCUAUCUAAGCAAUUAGUAAGAUCAAUCAAAGAAAUUAACGGUCAUGAUUGAAUAAUAUAGGAGGAAGACUUUUACAACAACCCACAAACACAUUUAGUCAGAAAAGUGGGUGGUAAGAAUGCAGACAAAUAAUCAGCACACAGAAAAUAUUUAUAAUAAAGAGGGAAAUUAAGUACAAUAGAUAGGGAAAGAUAGGAGAAUUUUGGGUAAGCAUUUGUAACUUUCUGGCAUUCUGCCCCACUUUUCAUGUUAAAUUCCAGAAGAUUUGAUUUUUUCAUCACAUCUAACCAAUUGGGGUUUUCAAUUUUCAUAUUCCAUUGAACUGGGUAAUUAAGAAAGCUUUGAAAUUUCUUGUUAAUUAUUAUUAAUUUCCGCUUAAUUCCCAUUAUUUUUCAUCAUUUUUGUCGUCCUAUAAAAGAAUCAUGGGUUUUUUAUUAGAAAGUUUGCUGUUUUGUAUUUAGUUCUUGUUUUUGGUUCUGUAGCAUACCUAACCCAAAACUUUUGGGACUUAUUUAAGGUUCCCAUCUAUUCUUGUGUAAUACUCCUAUUUGCUUCACAAAUUUAUGGUUUGUUUCUUGAUUCAGGGAACUCAGAGCAGCAUGAAUAUUGCAACAAAUUUUAGUCGGGCUUAUACAUCAUAACGGAAUUAGGUCUUCAGUCUUGUGUUUACAAGCUAAUCUUUUUUUUUUUUACCUUGAGAAUUCUUAAAUUCUUCAAAAGAAUCGAGAAUAUUGAUCAUAGUUUUAGUUAGGUCAACAAAUAUGUCGACAACAUAUGGAAGUCCGAGGCUUUGUGCUCUGCAAGGAGGUAAUAACAGCUCAGGUUUGUCGAAUCAAUUAUAUGGGUCUGAAAAGCACAAGAUCAAGUACGCUACCGAAAGUUUCAGCAGUCCAAGUUAUUGUUAUGAUCCAAAGUUCUUCGUAAAUUCUCCCUCGGGAGAGCUAAUUAACCCACCAAACGCUGCUGGAAACCAAUGUGACUCCUCUUGUGCAACAAAUUACGAACUUGAAUACUUCAUAAGUCAAAGUCCCGAAGCGGUUGAAUAUGAUGAAGUUAUGGUGAAGCUGAAGCUUCAGGAGUUGGAGCACGCCCUCCUUGACGAAGAGGAAGACGGAGUGGAUGAGGUUGUUAUGGGCCCCGACACGAGCAUGGAGAUAGACGUAGAUUGGGCGGGCUCUUUGAGGAACAUGAUGGAUCAUGACUCCCCGAAAGAGUCGACAUCUUCGGAAUCUUCUAACUUAAGCAGCAUUAGCAACAAGGACGAAUCACUACCUCUUCGUAGUACUAAAGAGCUGCUCUUUGAUUGUGCUGCUAUUAUUUCCGAGGGUGAUUUCGAAGAAGCUGCAUUAAGGAUCAAUAAGCUCAGGCAGAUGGUUUCGAUCCAAGGGGAACCGUUGCAGAGAAUUGCAGCCUAUAUGGUAGAAGGCCUCGCUGCUCGGUUGGCUUCAUCCGGUAAAGUCUUAUAUAAAGCUCUGAGAUGUAAGGAGCCGCCUUCUUUUGAAAAGCUUGCCGCGAUGCAGGUACUGUUCGAGGUAUGUCCAUGUUUCAAGUUUGGGUUUAUGGCAGCAAACGAAGCAAUUAUGGAGGCAAUUAAGUACGAUAAGAAGGUACACAUUAUUGAUUUCGAUAUAAAUCAAGGAAACCAAUACAUAAAUCUCAUACGAUCCCUUGCUAAACAACACGGGAAAUCGAUCCAAGUGAGGUUGACAGGUGUUGAUGAUCCUGAAUCAGUGCAGCGCCCGAUUGGUGGUUUGAAAAACAUUGGCCAAAGACUCGAGGCAUUGGCCGAGAUCAACGAAUUGCAGUUUGAGUUCAAAGCAAUACCAUCACGAACACCACUUGUUACCCCGGAAAUGUUAGAUUGCCGAGCAGGGGAAGCCUUAGUUGUAAACUUCGCUUUCCUGCUCCACCACUUACCCGAUGAGAGUGUCUCCACCGUCAAUAUCCGUGAUCAACUUCUUCGUAUGAUCAAAAGCCUAAACCCAAAAUUAGUAACCGUUGUCGAGCAAGAUGUCAACACAAACACCACCCCGUUUCUCUCUAGAUUUUCGGAGGUAUACAGUUACUACUCCGCUGUUUUCGAGUCUCUUGAUGCCACUCUCCCGAGAGAAAGCCAGGAGAGAAUUAAUGUCGAGAAGCAAUGUCUUGCACGAGACAUCGUGAAUAUCAUUGCUUGUGAAGGGGAAGAGCGGAUCGAGCGUUAUGAAGUUGCGGGGAAAUGGAGAGCAAGGAUGCAGAUGGCGGGUUUUAGAUCAUGCCCGUUGAAGCAAAACGUGAACGAAAUGAUUCGGGAGCUUAUUGUAUCACAAUAUUGCAACAAGUACAAGUUGGAUGUGAUGAUGGAUGCCCUUCAUUUUGGAUGGGAAGACAAGAGUUUAGUUGUUGCAUCAGCUUGGAAGUGAUUAAUUCAGUAGUUAUAUAUGAAGAAUUUGACUGUUCUUAAUUGGGUUUUUUCAUUCCUAACAAGGGUUUGUAUUUCAUGGGAUACCCUUAAAUUAUGAGUGUAUAUUAGUUUGUGAUAUUUAGAUUUAGCAAACGGCAUGUUAUUGUCUUCUCACAGGACAGGUUUCAUGACCUUUUUUCGCAGUACAUCAUGGACAUAAAUUUCCUAACUAAAGUACACCUCUAUGAGUUUUACUUUUCUUCUUAGCCUCUAUAAUGUGUAUUGCCAUAGUUUGGCGUGUUUGAUAUCCGAUCACAAUUAGGGGUAAUCGGAAUGAUUUUUUUUAGUAAUGAAGCUUUCAUUUUUGAAGUACUCUUGUGAGAGGUUGUUUUUCGGUGACACGACCUCAUACAAGGAGUACAUAUUCUCAUAAUAUUUGUUAAAUGGGCUAUUUAACCCAUAUGUGGGGCGUGUCUUAUGGUGAGACAAUCUUGGACAA